CAGAAUCACUCUUACCCUAUGACUUUUAAUCAUUAAUAUCAUAAUUAUGACGUUUAAUCUUAUAAUUAUGACUUUUUAUUUCAAAAUGACGAUUUAGUAUCUCUUUAUGAUUUUUUAAAUCUCAUAAUUAGCCUAUGACUUUUUACCUUAAAGUUAUCAUUUACCGACGCACUUUUUUCAUUUUGCGAAAACGGGCUAAUUCUAAAAAAAAAAAAAUAUUGAAAUUGGAUGAUUUAUGAAUAUAUUUCGGUAAAAGUCUUCUGUAUUAUAACAAGUAGAGCAGGGCGGGAAGAGAGGCGGAGUGCGGUGCGAGUGACGCGUCGCGUGUGUAAUCUCUACCUCACAUCCCUCCAUGAGCAGCGCUGCCGCCCGCUGACCUCUGACAGCAAACACGGAAGCAGCAUGGCGUCAAACAGCAGCAGCAGCAACGCUCAGCACAGACUUAGGAUCAUAUCCGGACAUUUGCAAAAACGACCAGAGGAUGAAAGUACGGGCAUCACUGCCCAGGAGUGCAAAGCCGAGACUCCCAAAUCCACCCCGAGCAGACUGACACCAGUGCCGAAGAGAAGGCAGGAGAUCAUGAAAUGGAAUGGCUGGGGUUACAGUGACUCGAGGUUCUUUUUUAAUAAAAUAGGUCAAGCAGAGUUCACAGGGAAAAGGUAUCGGCUGAGUGGGCUGAUUUUGCCGAGUUUGAAGGACUGGUUUGAGGGCACUUUUGGAGCUAAUUUACAACAUAAAUCUCCUGCUACACCCACUCUGAAUUUAAGUGCAGUUGCGCCUCCUAACCUGAAUGAGCCAUUCAUUGAGGAACUAAAAGCAGUGGGCGUGGCCAUGUCACAUGAUCCAGAGGAUCGGGUUUUCAGAGCUCAUGGACACUGCCUGCAUGAAAUCUUUGCCCUGCGUGAGGGGAGGAUAGGACGGGUGCCGGACAUGGUGGUUUGGCCGAGCUGUCACAAGGAUGUGGAGAAGAUUGUGGAACUGGCUUGUAAACACAACACUUGCUUGAUACCAUACGGAGGUGGUACGAGUGUGUCCAGUGCUCUAGAGUGCCCCCAUGAGGAGACUCGCUCCAUUGUGUCUUUGGACACAUCUCAGAUGAACCGAAUACUGUGGAUUGAUGAGAAGAAUCUCACAGCUCAUGUGGAGGCUGGAAUCAUUGGACAGGAUCUAGAGAGACAGCUGAAUGAGAGCGGUUACUGCACGGGACAUGAGCCGGACUCAAUGGAGUUCAGUUCUCUGGGCGGAUGGGUGGCGACGAGGGCGUCGGGCAUGAAGAAGAACAUAUAUGGCAACAUCGAGGAUCUGGUGGUGCAUAUAAAGAUGGUAACCCCUAGAGGAGUGAUUGAGAAGAGCUGUCUGGGGCCCCGCAUGUCCACUGGGCCCGACAUACAUCACUUCAUACUGGGCUCAGAAGGAACUCUGGGAGUGGUGACUGAAGUUACGAUGAAGAUCCGGCCCAUCCCUGAGUAUCAGAAAUAUGGUUCUGUUGUCUUCCCAAACUUCCAGCAGGGUGUGGCGUGCCUGAGAGAGGUGGCCAGACAGAGAUGUGCUCCAGCAUCUAUUCGGCUAAUGGACAACGAGCAGUUUCAGUUCGGUCAUGCACUCAAGCCACAAGUGUCCUCCAUAUUCACGUCAUUUUUGGAUGGGUUGAAAAAAUUCUACAUCACAAAGUUUAAAGGAUUUGACCCACACCACCUGUGUGUCGCCACGCUGUUGUUUGAGGGGGAUCGUGGGAAGGUUUUGCAGCACGAGAAACAGGUUUACGACAUCGCUGCCAAAUUUGGAGGUCUGGCUGCAGGAGAGGAUAACGGUCAGAGGGGUUACAUGCUGACGUUUGUAAUCGCAUAUCUGCGGGAUUUGGGAAUGGAUUACUAUGUGAUCGGCGAGUCGUUUGAGACAUCUGUGCCUUGGGACAGGGUUUUGGACUUGUGUAGGAACGUGAAGGAGAGGAUUGUGUUGGAGUGUAAAGAGAGAGGAGUACAGUUUCCUCCACUGUCCACAUGCAGAGUUACGCAGACGUAUGACGCAGGUGCUUGUGUGUACUUCUAUUUUGCCUUUAAUUACCGAGGUCUGAGUGAUCCAGUCCACGUCUAUGAACAAGUGGAGCAUGCAGCCCGGGAGGAGAUUCUAGCCAAUGGAGGAAGCCUGUCUCACCACCAUGGAGUGGGGAAACUCCGGAAGGAAUGGAUGAAAGAGAGCGUGUCUGUCGUGGGUCUCGGCAUGCUGAAGUCAGUGAAGGAGUACAUCGACCCAAAGAACAUUUUUGGGAACAGAAACCUGUUGUAAUUCUUCUCCAAACUCUGGAUUCCUGUUUUCUAUGAUCAUCUAAUCAUAAUUGAUUAAAACUUCAUAUUCUUAUUUUUUCAUCUUAGUGUGUGUGCACAGUAAUAUGAUAAUAUGAUAAACCAGUCCUCUGUUUCCCUUUAACACCGACUUCUUGCAUUAAUGACACCUUUAAAGGAAUAGUUCACCCAAAAAUGAAAAUUAAUGCAUUAUUUAUGCACCUUAAUGUCAUUAUAAACCCAUAUGCUGUUAUUUUGUCAGUGGAACACAAAAGUAGAAAUUUUAAAAGAAUCAUUAUGCAAAUCUUCACUUUCGCCAAAGGUCACAGCCCACGUCCAGAGUCAAAAAUGGCCCGUCAAUGUCAACCUCACACAAAGCUAUCCUAUGGCUUCAGAAGACUUGGAAUACAAUGCAGAAAUCAUUUGGACUAUUUUUAUUGAUUUGUUUAUGAUGUUUUUUUACUGUUUCUUUUUUUUUUUUUUUUUUUUUUUUUGGAGCCGGACAGACACUGUUGAAUGGCAAGAGCUGUGUAACAAUUGUUCAAACCUUUCUCCUUUUGUUUUCUAUGUAAAAAAAAUAACAGCAUACAGGGUGAGUAAAUAAUUGCAUCAUUUUCAUUUUAAAGUUGUCAUACUACUCAGAAUGCCUCAUUAUUAAUGCAUGAUGUCAUUUCCCUCUGGUCUUUCCAUUGUUCAUUUGUUGUAGCAGGAUUUUUAUAAUCAAGUGUCUGGAUGCUUCUGUGUCUUCCGCUGCUGUUGUGUUUAGUAUGUUAGCAGUGACUGAAAUCAGCUUUUAAAAGCAGUGUGCCUUCUGUCUGUCUUUCUGUCUGUCUGUCCUAUACUCCUCAUUCUGAGUGACUCUAAAUGUUUACUGUCUGUUUUCUUCUCCUCUCUUCCUUACUGUACUUUUGCCUUUUCUAUCCUUUAUUUCGAGCUGUUUCUCAUAAACUAUGUGUAUUAUGAUUCUCACAGAAAAACAUCCAGGUUAUGUUUAAAUUUGUCUCAAAUUAAAAGAAAAAACAAACAUUAUUUGUUGCAUAAAGAAAAUGUUGAUACUUAUUAUUAAGACCAUUAAGAUUUUUUGCAUUGUGACAUUAUUAAUAAUAUAACACAUUUCCCUCCAAUUGUAAUGCAAAAAUUCAAAUUUUCAUUACUGUAUUAAAAAAUAAAAAUAAAUAAAUUAUAUAUCGCAUAAAGAAAAUGUAUCUCCAAAAAACAAAACAGCAUAUAUUAAAAUUAAGGAAUUAAAUAAAUACAUCAAGUAACUUAACGGUUGUGCUUUAUAAAUGUACUUUCAAAUUUAAAUGAUAUACAGCUCUGGAAAAAAAUUAAGAGCCCACUGCAAAAUUAUCAGUUUCUCUAGAUUUACUCUUUAUUGGUACAGUAUGUGUUUGAGUAAA